AUGAAGAAGAAUGUCUCCAGUCUGGAAACCAGCAGCAUGACCUCUAGCCACUGGGCAGUGGGCAUGAUGUUUCUCAUUCAGACCUUCGUGGGGGUCCUGGGGAAUUUCUCUCUGUUGCUUCAAUAUGUCUCUCGUUCAUUCACAGGGGCUAGGUUGAGGCCCACAGAUUUGAUUCUUAGACACCUGACCGUAGCCAACUGCUUGGUGAUUCUCUCAAAAGGAGUCACCCAGACAACAGCAAGUUUGGGUCUGGAAGAUUUCUUGGGGGAUGCUGGGUGCAAAGUCAUUUUCUACACCCACAGAAUGGGCAGAGGUGUGUCCACAGGCAGCACUUGCCUCCUGAGUGUCUUCCAGAUGGUCACCCUCAGGCCCUGGACCCCACGUUGGGCUGAGCUCAAGAACAGAGCCGCAAAGUAUCUUGACUCCUCUUUGAUGCUGAACUGGGUACUGAAUCUGUUGAUCAAUGUUAUGGUCACUGUGAGCAUAACUGACAGAUUGGGCAGAAAAAACAUCACAGGACAAAGAGAUUUGGGAUACUGUUUUGCCUCUUUUCAUUAUGAAAUCUCAGCCUAUAUCUAUAUAACAGUGUUGUCAUUCCCUGACUUCUGCUCUCUGGGCAUCAUGGUGUGGGCCAGUGUCUCCAUGGUGUCCAUUCUGUACAGGCACAAGAAACAAGUCCAACACAUUCACACCACUCAUGGCACCCCCACAGAGUCCCCAGAGACUAGGGCCACCCACAGCAUCCUUGUGCUGCUCAGUGUCUUUGUGUCCUUGUACGCCCUCUCCUCCAUCUUCCACGUGUAUCUCGUCCUUUCCCCAAGUCCCAGCUGGGUGCUGGUGAACACCUCUGCGCUGUCUGCUGCUUGCUUCCCCACUGUCUGCCCCUUUGUGCUCAUGCGCCAUCUCCCCAGUAUCAUUGGGCCCUGCUGUGACACAUGUGCCCCUCGUAUCAUCAGAAAAGAUUAA